AUAGUGGGGGUGCUGAAAGCUGUUGAAUCAAACUCUAAACCCUGUGUAUAAUGGAAACCACUUCAAGCCAGGGGAUGCGGCAGCCCCCACAGCACUCCUAGUUCCAGCACUAUGCUUCAGUAUAUAAAUAAACCCAGUAGCAGAGAAAAAGGCAAGCAGAUCCCUAGAAAGCAAGAAGAAACUUAGCAGAGUCUGCAGCAGACACUGUAUCUCUGGCUGCUUGCACGCACUGUUCAGUGCACAGCCUUCAAUCUUUCUCUGCAACGCAAACCCUCCUCUCCCUGCUGCUCAAGAUCAUUUGCUGGAAGCUCGGAGCAGCACACGGCUGAGCUCAGAAGUUUGGGAAUGGAUCUGGGAGCAGGCUGGCACAUACUCUGGGGUGGUUUUGAAUUCCAAAGCUUUCUGCUCUGCGAGGGAAAAAGCCAGCAUAGCAAAGGCACUGACACCUGGAGGCAUCUUUUUUGGAUUCAGCUUCUUUUAGCAGAGCCUAGCAGCGCUACCUGACUCCCCCUGGGAAAAGUUCUUUGAGAAGGUCCUGAGAGCAGCAAGACACUGGUCGAAGGGGUGGAGGGACAAGUCUCUCACUCACCUUCCCCUUUGGGGGCAAGGGAGUUACCAAAUUGAUCAUGAGACUCUUCUUACACCUCCCAGAGAGGGCUUCUUAGGACACUGCCCCACCAGAAGAACUGGGGCUGUGGAGGGAAGCCCCCUACCAGCACACACUGAGCACAGUCAGUUCUGUAGGCGCUGGAGAUGGAGAAUGAAGUUGGGAAAUCUGUGGACAACCAAAUGGAUAAGUACAUAGUUACAAUAAUGGGGAAAUCAGAAAGUCAAAUGGAUAUUGUGGAAAAAUCGACAAAAUCUGGGAAGAAAUCCUGGAGCUUUGUGACCAUCGGUCUGUCUGUCCUGCUGCUGCUCAUGACCUGUGCAGUGGUCGCGCUGGUGAUCCUGUAUGCCAACAGUAGAGAUAUGCAGUAUGGCACCAACUCAGGCAGCAUAUGCACUACUCCUGGAUGUGUUACGGCAGCUGCUAGAAUACUUCAGAACAUGGAUCCAACGACUGAGCCUUGCACGGACUUCUAUCAGUACGCCUGUGGGGGCUGGCUGAACUGGCACAUCAUCCCAGAAACCAGUUCGAGAUACAGCAUUUUUGACAUACUGAGAGAUGAACUGGAGAUCAUCCUGAAAGGUGUGCUGGAGUCUCCGGAGCAGGGUGAUCGAGAAGCCUUUCGGAAAGCUAAAAUGCUUUACACUUCCUGCAUGAAUGAGAGUUUCAUAGAGCAGCGAGAUUCAUUGCCCCUGUUAGAGGUUUUAGCUAUGGUGGGAGAUUGGCCAGUGGCUUCGGCAGAUUGGAAUAUCACCAAAGAGCCAAAUUGGAGCAUGGAAGAAAAACUCUCCACAUUAAACUCCAGAUUUAACAAACGAGUCUUCAUUGAUAUGUUUGUAUGGAACGAUGACCAGGAUUCCAGCAGACACAUCAUUUAUAUCGACCAGCCUAGUUUGGGAAUGCCAUCCAGAGACUACUACUUUAAUGGUGGCAAUUACCAAAGAGUGCGGGAAGCCUACCUGCAAUUUAUGAUCACUAUUGCCAAAAUGAUCAGAGAAGACAAGAAUAUGGCAAAAGAUGACACUUUUGUCCAACAGGAAAUGGCAAAGGUUAUGAAGCUUGAAACUGAGAUUGCAAAUGCUACUGCUCCGGCAGAAGAAAGGCAUGACGUGACCUUAUUGUACAACAAAAUGACCCUAAGAGAGCUCCAGGAAAAGUUUGCAUUGAAUGAGUUUAACUGGACUCUCUUCAUCCAAGGCAUCAUGUCUUCAGUAAACGUUCAGAUCCACCUGGAUGAGGAGGUAGUUGUGUACGGCGCGCCCUACCUGCAGGAGCUCAAAGCGAUUAUCUCCAACUACUCAGCAAGCACCAUCCAGAACUACCUAGUCUGGCGACUGGUGACUGACAGGGUCAGCAGCUUGAGUCGGCGUUUCAAGGACGCCCGGGCCCACUACCGAAAGGCACUUUAUGGGACAACACUGGAAGAGGCCCGUUGGCGGGAAUGCGUGAGUUAUGUCAACAACAACAUGGAGAACGCGGUGGGAGCUCUGUAUGUCAGGGAGACAUUUGCUGGUGAGAGCAAGAGGAUGGUCCGAGACUUAAUAGACAAAAUCCGGGAAGUGUUCAUUGAGACACUUGAUGAAUUACAGUGGAUGGAUGAAACAUCAAAAGAGAAAGCUCGUGAGAAGGCAAUGGCAAUUAAAGAGCAAAUUGGCUAUCCAGACUAUAUUUUGGAAGAUCAGAAUGAAAAACUGGAUCAGGAAUAUGCAAAUUUAAACUUCAGUGAGCACAAGUAUUUUGAAAACAGCCUGGAAAACCUGAGGGCUGGAGCCCAGAAGAGCUUGAAAAAACUUCGAGAGAGAGUUGACCAAGAUAUAUGGAUCAUUGGUGCUGCAGUGGUCAAUGCGUUCUAUUCCCCCAACCGAAAUCAGAUAGUGUUUCCUGCUGGAAUCCUUCAGCCUCCCUUCUUUAGCAAACAUCAGCCACAGGCACUAAACUUUGGAGGGAUCGGGAUGGUAAUUGGACAUGAAAUUACUCAUGGUUUUGAUGACAAUGGAAGAAAUUUUGACAAAGAUGGAAAUAUGUUUGAUUGGUGGAGCAAUUUCUCAGCCAUGCAUUUCAAAGACCAGUCACGCUGCAUGGUUUAUCAGUAUGGAAACUACACAUGGGAGCUGGCUGGAGGACAGAACGUCAGUGGAAUAAGCACCCUGGGAGAGAAUAUUGCAGACAAUGGAGGAGUCCGACAGGCUUACAAGGCCUAUUUAAAAUGGUUGGAACGCGAAGGGAAGGAGCCAAAGUUACCAGGACUCGACCUGACUCACAAACAACUUUUCUUUCUGAACUUUGCCCAGGUGUGGUGUGGUUCCUACAGACCUGAGUAUGCCAGCCAGUCUAUAAAGACAGAUGUUCACAGCCCUUUGAAAUACAGGGUGAUGGGAUCCUUGCAAAACUUUGAAGCUUUCUCUGAAGCAUUCCACUGUAAGAAGGGCACAGCCAUGCACCCUGUAGAGAAAUGCAGAGUGUGGUAGCCAAAACAAACUGAUGCUGAUGAUGAUAAUGCUUUGACUGCACAGUCUAAAAACUGAACUCAUGUGGCUACCUGCUGAACGGUUCUAGCCAGUGACGUGCCUGAUGUUUUCCUGUGCAGUGACAGCCAAGGUUAAUGGUGCAGCUACUGUAGUCAGAAUUAAAGAAGCUACAGCUGUCGGGCUUUUGUGGUUUGGCGGGAAUGUACACAGGCAUCUCGCAAUGUUGUCUGAUUGGGCUGGAUUGAAAGCGACAGUACACUUCAGGAGAAAAAUGACUGUUUCAAAUGACAUCCUGACUGUUAAGAUACCACAUCAGGGUUACAAAGACUAGCUCUUUAAAAAAUAAAAGCCGCUCUAUUUUUCAGUGAGGAAUAUUCAUUUUAGUAUGUCUUACAACUAAUGAAUCCUUUCACGAUUCAGUAAGCCUGUCUGACUUUUCACGGAGUUAAUUAUUUUUCAAUAUUCUGUUUCAGUUUCUAGUGCACUUCUCUCAAACCCAAGGAUAGAGCUAGUUAACUUAUGUGCUGUCCACGUAACAGUCUGCUCACACCUCCAUGACUGCUUUGUUGUAAGAGAUUGUAAUUUGUCUUGAUAUUUCACAAGGUGAGCUAUAUGUUCAAAUACCUGCUGGCUGCUGAGUUCAAGCAAAGCUGAACCACUGUUUUUGCACUUCUUGUUUUGCUCUACCAGGCAAGUUUAACAUGAUCUCAACGCAAGGAGAUGUAAAGAACUUUUAAAAGAGGAGAUUCCCUAGCAUUGCCAAGGUCAGAAUUACAUGGGUCUCUUCCUCCCUUCAGAAAUAUAUUUAAGAGGAUUCUUAUUCUUCCAUUAAGGGUAAAUAUUUAGAAUAUUUUAGUGGCAAAAGCUUGUUGCUUAGUGUAAACAGCAAAACAUUUACACAGGGAAACAAUUAUCUAUUUUUAAUCCUGGGCUUUUUUAUUUUGCUAUAGUCUGCUUUUAAAGAUUGGAUGUCAUUACACUUUAAAAAUGCACAAGUCUUGUUAAUUUUUAUAUAAAUAAAACUUGUACUGCAGCAAAUUGUUCAGGCAUUUAUCUGUAGAAACAGGUCUGGAUUGCUUUCUUCCAUGAAUGCUAAAAUUUCAGAAUAACUAGUACUGAAAUGGGCAAUCCUUUAUAUUGGACUUAAACGUUCUUCAGUGAAAAUGUUUAUUUUUGGUAUGUACCACUGGAAAGCAGGAUACCUCCUAUUCUUCAUAAUUUAACAUUUGGUAUUCGUUAUCUUAACAGAUGUCAAACCAAGUUAUUAAUGCGUUUAGUCUCUAUGUAAUGCAUAAUUAAGAAAAGAUUAAUUUUAUUUUUAUGGAAUGUGACUUACAUCCAGUGUCAGUAGCAUUUUGCUAAGAGUUCUAUUUUGUGGUUGAGUGUCCAUCUAGCAAGCAAGUUUCAUCAGCAAAAUAAAUUAAUCCCAUCAUCCCUUUUAAAAAAAAUCUUAGAACAAUCUUCAAAUUUAAAGUCAUUGAGUUAAAAACAAAAGACGCUGGAAUUCACUUCAUUAAAUCAGCACUAAUUACCAGUAGCAGCUUUAUACUAGAGAGAAGUGUCUAGCUGUCACUGAGCUAUUUUACUAUUUGACAGUAAGUGUGUUCUUACCAAAUGAAGUCUGGAUAAUAUUUGCAUAUACAUGUAAUACAUGGAGGAGUAUCUGCAACUUGAGCUCUUCAAACCACAAUUUGAGGACUUCAAUAACUCAGACAUAGGUUAGGGGGUUGUUAGAAGUGGAUGGGUGAGA